CGCCAAUAGUGCCCAUUCUUGAGAGUACAACCGCACGUUUCCAGUGAUUACUCUGUUUAUUUUUGACAGUUUUCAGGGUUAAUUCUGUUGUUGGUGGAUAUUUUGUACGUCAAGGAUUUAAAUAGUUGUUCUUAGAUGGCAUUCGAAGACAGUGAUAUGGAUAAGCGGCGGAAUGUCCCUGAAUUUGCAAGGGAUAACCGGCUUAUACACGGAGGAAUUGGGCAAGACUUCCUGAUUAAAGACAGUAAUCGACCUGAAAUGGAAGAUGAGCGUCGAGUUCGGAGGGAAAUAGCCAACAGCAAUGAACGGCGGAGAAUGCAGAGUAUCAAUGCAGGAUUUACCUCUCUGAGGAAAAUCAUUCCAUGUACGGAGGGUGAGAAAGUUAGCAAGGCGGCGAUACUGCAGCAAACAGUCGAUUAUAUUAGCGACCUGGAGCACGAGAAGACACGUCUGAUGGCUCAAACGACUCAAUUGAAGCACUUGUUGAGCGAGGUGGGACGGGAUAGUCGUGAUAGUGACACCAGCUCCCAGGGGUCGCCGCCACCAAAGAGAAAGAAACGUGACACUGAAUCAUCAGAUGAGGGUAUCAGCCUUGGUUUCGAGGACCAGACUGUCGAAGAUCUGCGAAAGGAACUGAUUGAGAUCCGGUUGCAACUUGACCGUGAGCGCCGGUUACGCCUUGCGUUAGAGGAGCGUAAUCGCAGCGUUGAGGCUAAGCUGUAUGGCGAUCAUCGGCCGUACGAGGAGUUAAUAUUGGCCCAUCCUGCCUACCGACAAAAACAAGUAUAUUUUGAAGACCAACCACGUCCUGAGCCCAUGAUUAUCUCCCCUGUCCUCGCUUCCACCCUACCAGCCACAGUCACCCUGGCCAAUAGUCGCCUUAUCGAGUCAAGCCAACCACGGGAAAUCCCUGGUUCGCGAUCAAAGCAAUACGUAGAGGAGAGCAGCAGCGUUGAAACCGAGUCAUCGAUGUCACGGCGGAACUUGGAAACGAUCGUCGAGGCCAUUCGCCAUCUUGAGGGUGAGCAUGUUCUGGAGGACAAUAAAGUGCGUGUGAGAAAAAUACUCCAGGAUGAGUGUGAGAAGGAUUCAAGUAGCAUGACCACGAGUGAUCAGGAUGACUGCAGAUCUGACAGUUCAGGGCGCGACUCGCCAGUUUCAUACCGCCACGUUCCAACACCGACUGCCAUCAAACAAGAGGCCAUUGAGGCACAAACUGUAAAAUAUCCUAUCGCCACCCAGCUUUUGCAGCACCGUCCUUUGUGUGAACAAAUACAACGGCCUGGUGUCAUUGUUCAGACGUCCUAAAGUGCAGGACAUGCUGUCUGAGUGAAAUCAUUAUAACAACUUAACAAUUAUACUUGCUCCAUUGUAUGACCUUUAGGACUGUGGGACGUCAGAAAUUCAUCAAUCGUUGGAUGAUGUUUAUUUUUGGUCAUACACAAUUUUGGGUUGAGACAAAAACCUAGGAGUUCAAAUCUUUGAUCGUCCCUGUAACAAGUUAAAAAAUCAAGUUAGAAAGUGUGUCUGAAAAAAGUUUGUUAUGAAAACAACCAAUUGCCUCUAAACUCCCCAAAUUAGAAUACAAAAUAGGACACUCGAACUACUCCCACAGUCCUAAAUAAAAAUGAGAGAGAAUAAUCCUGGAUAGACUAUUUCUACUAUUGUUAAUUUUCUGUAAAGAAAAAAAGAAAAAAAAAUAUGCACAUGAUGCGCUAUUACAUUGAAAAUGUAAAUCUUAUCAGAAGUUUGUACCGUUGAACCAGUUUUGAUAUUUCAAAUAACGUUGAAUUAAAAAUUUGAACACUAUGAAUAACACUAGAGUCACAAAUGAAAACAAUCAAUGCUAAUUUGCUUGCUUUUAGAUCUGAUUUGGAUCAGCUUGGAUUUGGGUAACUCAUUUGUCGAGGGUAUGACAUGAUGCUGCGGCUUCAUUCAGCUUCUGUAAUUUGUCAACACACACAUCCUGUAUCUAUUCUAUACAUUUUAUACUCUGGUCGACCUCAACUUGAUCCAAAAUGCCGACUCCAGCCAAGAUACUAGAACUAAACAGUCACUUACUCAAACUGUGACUUGUACCAUUCAAAAAUUGCAUUCCAUUAGAAAAGGAUACAAUUCUACCAAAAAAAUUGCUCUUCCUUCACAAGAAAACAUGUUACACCAAUUUUUGGAUCACCUUGAGUUAAACCGGUGUAUAUCUUUUCAAUGACAUCUUGCUGUGGUAAAGAUUUCAAGUAUCUCAACUUUUUCUCUGGUGUACUGUAUCAUCCGUGUAACUUUUUGCAUCUCUAGUGCCUGGAUAAAUUUUAUCGUUGUAUCCACAGCUUCAGCAUAUAGAACUAGUAAUUUAUUUGCUGUUGCUCUUUUGUUAUUGUUAUGUACAUGUGUGUUGUGUUUUUCUCCACUAAUAAACCAUGCUUUUUGACAACUCUGCAUCAGAUUGCUGAGACCAAAAUCAAACAAAUACCAUAAUGCAAUCUAAAUAUAACUGAAUGCAUCUGGAUUUGAGUAAGUUUUGAAAAAAAAGAUAUUUUGGUCAGAAUAUUUUGAUAGAGGUUGUUAUUGGUGCAUGGUUAAUAUAGCGAUGGUACGAUUUGUUUGAGAUCGGCUUAGUGUAGUGAAAUGUACAGAAAAUCAAACUCAAUGGCAUUGACAACUAUUUUGUAUUCUUUUCUAGAUGAAUGAGAAGCCUGUCUGGCCUUCAUGUUGCUCUGAAAUUAUACUGCCUAUUUAUUCUCUCUUGUAACUUUUCUAUAAUUUGUGCAACAAUUUCAAAUGGGUGGGGCUGAACAUAAUUGCAUUUGACUUGGAAUACUAUUCUAUAAAUCCGAUCAGAACAAAACUAGAUUUAGAAACUUGAAUAGCAACUGUUAAGACUUGUGCUGAUUAUUGUGCUCUGUCAAUCUAUUCACUGCAUAUUUUCGAUCCUUUGUAAGGGUCUUCUGACUCUGACAAUGUCAAACAAAAACUGUUAUUGGAGAUGUUUUUUUUAAUUAAAUGUCUUUUUGUAAAAAAAGGCACAGAACAAUGCAAUUUCUUAACUCGGUGUCAGUUUUGGUUGCCAUUAUUUUAAUAGCAUACCAGUAUCACUUACAGUUUCUGGAAUAAAUUCCAUUUUUUACCGAGCUGUAAAUCAAAAAGCUAAUUUGCUUCCACAUUAGAAUUUCCAAAUUUCCAUAAGCUUGUCUUGGCAAUAACAUAAUGUCUGGUGUUGAAGGAAUUCGAGUAGAAAUUCUAAAGGAAUCAGUAUAGAAUCUCUAAAGGAACUGGAAUAGAAUUUUGAUCUAACAAUAAACAUGGACAUGUCAUAUGAAACCGAAUUUAGCCCUCCCGAGAAACUGCAGAGAGGAGCCUGAAAUCAUACAAAUAAUGUGCUGUGUGUUUGGUAACCUGUUCUUGUGAAUUUGUGCCUGUUAUUGGUUUGAAAUUUAAAAGAAAACACCAAGAUUUCAGCAGGUCACAUGUCCAAAUUAAAAACUUAAAAAGCAAAUUUUGAAAGGCAGUUAUUAGAACACCAACUCACAGAGAGAAAUUUGACACCAAUAAAAUUUAAAACUCGAUUUUCAAAGUGAAUUUUAAUGUGCUGCUGAUUUCUGGGGUAAUUCAUGUAUGUCUGUAAAUUAGAGGUUUUUGCCUCCAUUUGCUGGCAAAUUGUACAGGUGAAGUUUCAUUCUUAUUAAUUGGGAAUGCGCUGGUAACAUUUAGUUUGUAGCAAGGUACUAACUGAAAGUAUGUAUGUGCUUAUAGUCAUGAAUAACAAGUAGUAUUUUAUUAUAAAAGGAUCAUUGAUACCUUUACGCCUAUGCUUAUUCAAGAAUAUGUGCUAAGUAAUAAUUUGUUCUUAGAUAGAGAGGUACCUGUGAGAGAUUUUUGGCUGGAGAAAAUUAGAAAUUCUGCCAUUUCAAUGUCAUUUUGAUAUUGCAUUUGAACAACUCUGAUGAAAGUACUUAACAAAUUAUAAAUCUUAACAAGGACCAAAAUCAAAUAGAAGGAAAUAGUUGGAAUCGUUGAAAGUGAAUUGGAGGAGACUUCAGUGUAUUCAUUGCAAUUGCUUGAUUAAUACCUGGACCCAGGUUGAAAACAGCCUCACUGACUGUGCACGAUAAGUAAUUUGUGUACCUGUGAACAAGGUGUGGAACCAUAGUGAAUGAAACCAGUGAAAGUCGCGAACAUCACAGACAGGUUGUUCAUAUAUCGUAACGCUUAUUUGCCAUAUUUCCUGUUAUUAUUGACAGGCUUGCUUUCGCUUUCAUAUUCCUGUGUAAAUCGUCAAACAAACCGGUGUUAACGCCAAUUAUAUAGGCUGCUGCGUUUUGCACGGAAUCCGUUUCAUUUUCACAAAAUGUAAAAAUACCUCAGUGGAUCGUUUUUGACAAUGAUCUUGUCUUAUUUACCAUGAUGUAACUGAAGAACGUUGGCAAUUUUUCUAACUUAUUUUGUUGUAGCGUCCACAAUAUUUGGACCCCCUGUCUAAGUCAUUGUCGGUCAUGUUUUGUAUAUAUAUGUCGCAAACUGGAGUUUACAUGGCUGAUGAAUUAUUUCUCUAAGAGUUCAUUGUAUUUACGGAAAACAUGAAUUUAUUUUUGGCGUUUUUCAUUGCUAGACUUUCAGGUUACAAAGUGUACUUUGUAUUAUCUUCUUGAAUUGUUAAGUCUUCGUUGGUAGUAUGUUGUGAACAGUGACGUUGGUCCCUUGACGCAUCUUCUACCAGCUACAAAAAUAUUUAAGGACUAAUUCCCUUUCUUGGUAUUGUGCUGUAGGUGAUGAAACAGUUAUGACAAUACCUCAAAAGAUUAUAUCACACAGUGUAUCAAAUAGGUGUAGAGAAAAUUUUGAAUAAAAAAAUAAAAUAAAAGUCAGUUUUGAAAACCCCAUACUUAGGAUUGCCUGUAAUUUCUUAUAUGUGUAUCUGGUCUGUUUCUGGUGUGCCACAGAAGCUGGUCCUAGUGCUGGUUGCUGCCACCAGGUGAUGGGCUUGUAUUUAUGAUACUUGUACAUACUGUAGAUGUUUUUAACUUUUCCAAAUCUUUCUACCGAUUUUACACAACUGAAUUAUAUUAUUUAGCCUUCAUCUUCAAAAAAGAUGCUGAGUUUUCACAGCAUUUUGAUCCGCUGUAUUAUGUCAUGUGGUGAAUUCCCAUAGUUUUGUGGUGAAUGUAGAGGUCUUUCGAUGUGGUCUUUGAAAAUAUGUGCUCACAAAAAGGGACAACACCUUCAAGAAAAUUACAAAUUGCAAUCAUAAUAAAAAUGGAUUGUUCUCAAAAAAGACCUGGGAUGAUAGUCAUAAAGUUUGUCUCUGUUCAAAAUGUUAAUAACGCUCCUGAGAUGAUGCUUUUUUUUGAAACAGCUUGCUUGUAUGGAUUCUAGUAAAAACCCUCUAGGACUGGCAUAUUUAAAAACUUGAAAUUACUUGAAUUUGUACCGAAGUUGCUGAACCACUGAAAAGCUUCAUUGGAGACAUUCGUUUGAUAUGAACACCAAUAUUUGGUAGAAUUUUCAUAAGAUGGUGAGAUAUUGAGGAAUGAAAUGCAGUCCUAAAGGGUUCACAUGUACAGGUAUAUUUACAUGAACGUAAAAAUAUGUUCAAAAAAACUAAAAAAACUUAGAUUGUAGUGAGGUAUUGAAUGGUAGUGGACGUGUAGGAUUGUAGUUACUCAAGUGAUAACAAUGUUAAUGGGAGGUAUGGACUAAGAAAAUCUGAUGUGGCAGACUGCUCUGGUGAAAGAUGGUUCAUUACAAUUUAACUCUUAAAAAAAGUCUUCUACAUGUAAGGAAUGUAGUGGUUUCCAUUUAUUUAUGUGAAAAAAACUAAAGCAGACAAUUUCAUACUUUAGAAAGAACUUCUCUUAAAUAUAUUAUUACCUACUGGUAUAUAAUAUAGAAGGCAAAUUGAAAAAACCUUUUGACUGGACAUGGUGUCCCAGAAACGUCUUUCACAGAACCCUGCUGCAUCAAACAUGGUCUCAUGCAGUGCCCAUGAAAAAAAAAAUAGUACUAGUAGUCAGCUUUUGAGGUAUUGUCUUUGGCUUUCAUUCUUACAUAUUGUGUAUUAUGCACUAGGCAUAUUGAUGUUUAUACAUGUUUGGUCAUACCAAUGUAAAAUAAAAAAAAUCUUGUAGUGUGUGUAUUGUUGCUGCGGUGACAUCAUUGUGUCCUAUGGAAAAAAUAACAAAAACGUAUUUCUUGGUUCUUUUA